CGGAAGGACGCGGUCGGGAGCGGUCCCUCCCCGCGGCCGCGCUUGAGGGGAGGUGGCGGCGAUGGUGAUGGGGCCCGGCCGCCUCUCGCAGUCGCUCCUGCUGAGCUGCCGGCGGGCGGCGGCGGCUCUCGGCACGGUGCGCUGCGGCUGCGGGCCGCCCUCUGUCCGCCCCCUCAGCGCCGCCCUUGGCCUGCGAGCGCCUCAGCGGCCGCCCGGUAGGGGAAAGCCCCCGCGGGCGGGCGGCGGAGGUCGGUGGAAGGAGGUGGCGGGAGCCGGCGGGGGUGAAGAAGAAGAGGAGGAGGAUGAUGAUGAUGAGGAGGAAGAGGUGGAGGAGGAAGAGGUGGAGGAGCUGCUGGGCCCCUCUCCGCUGGCCUUGGGGCUCGGGGCGCAGCGCCUGGCCGUGGUGCAGCCGGCUGUCAAGUGGGGACCGAAGAAGUCGCCGCUCACCACGGCUGAAUUACAAAUUGCUGAGGCCGUCGCUCUUGUAGAUACCCUUCCGAACUGGACAGUUUUGGAUAAAAUAAUUAUCCCUACAAAAAAUCCUGACAAGAAGCUUGUUUUUGGCAAAGGAAACUUUCAGGCUUUGACAGAAAAGAUUAAAAAAUUGCCCCAUGUGACAGCUGUCUUCUUGAAUGUGGAAAGAAUAUCUUCACUAACAAAGAAAGAACUAGAAGAUGCCUGGGGUGUGAAAGUCUUUGACAGAUACACGGUUGUGCUCCACAUUUUUCGUUGUAAUGCCCGGACCAAAGAAGCAAAACUUCAAAUAGCGUUGGCUGAAAUUCCACUUCUCAGGUCAAAUCUGAAAAAUGAGGUGUCUCAGCUAGAUCAGCAGAGAGGUGGAUCAAGAUACAUCAUGGGCUCAGGUGAAACAUUCAUGGAGACACAGAAUCGUGUCUUGAAAGAAAAAGAACUUAAAAUUAGGAAUGCCCUGGAGAAACUAAGAAGAAAAAGGUCUUUACUUAGAACUCAGCGCAGAAAACGCGAGUUUCCGAUUAUUUCUGUAAUGGGCUAUACUAACUGUGGAAAAACUACAUUGAUCAAAGCCUUGACUGGCGAAGCAGGACUUCAACCCAGAGAUCAGCUGUUUGCCACUCUUGAUAUUACAGCCCACGCUGGCUAUCUGCCCUCGCAUAUGGCAGUUAUUUAUGUUGACACUAUUGGGUUUCUGACUGAUCUUCCACAUAAUCUGGUCGAGUCCUUUUCAGCUACCUUAGAAGAAGUGGCAUACUCAGAUCUGAUAGUUCAUGUGAGGGAUAUUACUCAUCCAGAAACCAUCCUCCAGAAAGCAACUGUUCUGUCAGUUCUGAGGAAUCUUAAUCUUCCCGGCCAUUUAUUGGACUCAAUGGUAGAAGUUCACAACAAAGUGGAUUUGACAGAGAGGUAUAAACCCAUUGAAGAAAAUGCUUUAGCCAUUUCUGCGCUACAUGGGCAUGGUUUAGAAGAGCUGAAAGAAGAAAUAGAGAAAAAAAUCUUGACGGCAACAGGGAAGAAGAUUCUGACACUUCAUGUCAACUUAGAAGGACCUCAGCUAAGUUGGCUCUAUAAAGAAGCAACAGUUCAGGAAGUAGAUGUCAUUCCUGAAGAUGGUACAGCCAAGGUAAAGGUGAUAAUCAGCAAUUCUGCUUUUGGCAGAUACAAGAACCUCUUUCCUAACAGUAAGAUUUUUGCGCCAUGAAACUGCAUCCUUUUCUAGGAAAAGAAACUGAUCUCAUUAAGCAAAGUUAAUGAUCUGUUAGCCUGGGUGUUGAAGAGUGUUUCUUCCCCAGUUGAUGUUUUUGAUGGAUUUUGAGAAAUGGAGACUGUUUCAGAAAACUUCUGUUUGGAAACAGUAAGAGUUAUGAGCUUCAUUCUCUCAGCAAGUGCAGGGACAGCACUGAAUUUUUAAUAUUAAAACAGUUGUUGCCUGUAAGGUAAGGUGUGGAACCCAAACACAUGGAAAUCACUGGAUGGCAUCUGAAUUAACCUUCAAAAAAGUUUCUUAUAUAAAUAAAGCUUUUUACCCCAUUUUUCAGAAUAAAAUAAUAUUUAUUAUA